CAGGCGACCAGUUAACUGUUUAUGUAUGAGUUUAUUGUUCAUCUUGGAAACUUCGAAGUUACGACAUAUUACUAUAUGCUUUGUGCAUUUGUUACGGUGGAAUAACUACGGUAUUUUUUUAUCUGUAGAUUUCUAUAAAGUGUUAUCAUCUGUUACGCAUGUAAGCUGGUGAUUCUUCCUCGGGAGAGGUACUCUGGUUCUUUGUUGAUGCAGUGAACACUAACAGCAUCGGUGCAUCACGGUUCAUCUAAUGAGAUUUUGCCGAAUGAUGGGAACUUCGUAGAUGAUUAUACGUUAGUCCCAUGGAUUUUCUUUCGAAGAAGCCGCUGAUAAAGGCGGAGAAAAAUUGGGCUGGGACUAGUAGUAAAAACGAUGCGUCCCACGCAGCCCGCGGUGAAGCAGCUGUGGACUGGCCGCUAUGGAUUUUGACAGUGUUAUCAGCUGUGACGCGCUUUUGGCGGUUGGGCUAUCCCAAUGUGGUGGUGUUCGACGAGCUCUUCUAUUCGCGCUUUGUGCACAUGUACGUCAAUGGAAUAUUCUUUUUCGACUCCAAUCCACCGUUCGCCAAACAGCUGAUUGCUGGCGCUGCAUACCUUGCCAAUUACAGUGCUCAAAACGAAACCUUUGCUAAAAUUGGAGAUGCAUAUUCACCGGAAACACCAAUAUGGGUGCUGCGUUUCAUUCCGUGUCUUUUUGGAACUCUCUUGGUGCCUUUAUCGUAUUGCAUAGUACGGAAUCUGGGAUAUUCCCAGUUGGCUGCCACCAUCAGCGGUGUGUGUUUUCUCCUGGAUGGCGCUCUCAUCACGGGAUCUCGUUUCGUCAUGACAGACUCGGUGAAUCUUGCCUUACUUUUAUCAUCUCUUUUCUGCAUUCUCAGAUUUGUGCAGUCUCGCCCUCUAUCCGGAAGCAGUGUGUUGUGGGGUUUGUUGGUGGGACUAUUUAUGGGAUUGGCCAUUAGUACAAAAUAUGUUUCUUUUCCAUCUUUGCUAUGGUUUACGUGGAUUAUCUUUCGACAUUAUUGGAAAGUGUUGGACGAUUUGAGCAUCAGCGCGAAACGGCUCGUAGAAUAUUUUAUAUACUGUGUGCUGAUUGUGAUAUUCGUUCCGGUGGCAGUGUAUGUGGGAUCGUUUUUGAUUCAUUUGACGGUUAUCACGAAAGCUGGACCGUAUGAUACCAUGAUGUCCACGCGAUUCCAAGCUAGCCUUGAGGGAGGAUUAGCGGCGAUCUCCCGGGGUCAGCCGUACAAUGUGGCCUACGGAUCGCAGAUUACCCUACGCAAUCAUGCCGGUGUACAGGAUAAUGCUUGCUGGCUGCACUCACAUAAAGAGGUGUAUCCUCUGCGUUAUGAUGACGGACGAGGUAGCUCUCACCAGCAACAAGUGACAUGCUAUUCCUUCAAAGACGUCAAUAACUGGUGGAUUAUUAAACAUCCCAACAAGACCAUUUUGGAGGUUGAAUCGCCACCGGAGCAUGUCAGAGAUGGGGCUGUUGUUCAGUUGGUGCAUGGCGUGACCGGGCGUCUGCUCAACAGCCAUGAUGUUGCGGCUCCAAUAUCUCCGGAGUGUCAGGAAGUGUCAUGCUAUAUUGACUACAAUAUAACUAUGCCGGCUGAAGAGCUCUGGGAAGUGAAAAUUAUCAACCAGGAAGCGGAAGAUCGCUACUGGCAUGCGAUACAAACGAACGUUCAGUUAAUUCACGUCAAUUCCAAGACCACGUUAAGCAUUUCUGGACAGCAACUUCCGCCAUGGGCAUUCAACCAGUUCGAAGUUGUUAGUAGCGUUCAGUUAAGCAAAUUUACGCUGUCUUUGUGGACAGUGGAAGAGCACCGCUACAGCACAGCUCACUCGGGACAGAAAGAACGUGAAGCCGCCUUGCUUAAAGAUGAGUUUAUCCCUGACAAAGCCACCGAUUUAUCGUUGUGGAAGAAGUUUUGGGAACUCCAAUGGAGCAUGCUAGGUUUAUCUAGAGACACAGUGGAGGAGCAUGUUUAUGGAUCUAAACCUUUUGACUGGAUUAUGAACGAUAACGGUGUGGCUUUCUGGGCCCAGAAAGGCAGUAAUAGGCAAAUUUAUCAACUUGGAAAUGUCGUUGUUUGGCACACUGGCGCUUGUGCCCUUCUGGUAACAGUCGUCGCACUUAGCCUCGUUGUGCUGGUCCGAAUGAGAUUCCCCGAAAUUUUUCCAAAUCAUCACAUCCAGUGGAUUCGCGUGUGCUUUGCAGCUGAAGUGGCACUUGGCGGAUUUGUUGUGAAUUGGCUGCCAUAUUUCUUUACGGACCGUACCCUGUUUUUCCAUCACUACUAUCCGGCUUUGGGUUUCAAGUUUUUACUGCUCGGAGGCUUUAUGGGGGAAAUCAUGGAUUUGUGUAGAAACAAAGAGUAUUUGGCGAAAACCGUUCAGGCUCUGGUUGCGGUGUGGAUUAUGUCUGUAAUCUACACAUUCGUUCGUUUUGUGCCUAUUACUUACGGCUUCGAUGAAUUAAGUGCGAGUGAGCUGCAUGGUCUGGAGUGGAGGGAAUCUUGGAAUUUUAUAAUUAGAAAUUCGUGAGAAAUGCCGGCUAUCCUUUUUAUGGAAAUUAUGUUUUAGAUUUUAUUGUUAAUAAGAUUUUAUUCAAAUUUCGACUUGUUUUCACUUGUUUUCUGUUGAGUUGUAAAAAGUGUUGAACCACAUUUUCCGGUGCACCUUGCGGCGGGACUAAGAGACAGUUAUAUAUCAUACCUGCUUGGAUUUCGCUUUUAAUCGGUGUUUUUAAUAGAUUAGUACCGACAGAAUAAAGAACUAACAUAU